AUGGGGGCGUACAGAGCAGACGACGAUUAUGAUUACUUGUUCAAGGUGGUUUUGAUCGGUGACUCAGGGGUCGGAAAAUCGAACCUUUUGUCCAGGUUCACGAGGAACGAGUUCAGCCUUGAAUCAAAGUCCACCAUUGGCGUCGAGUUCGCUACCAGAAGCAUUCGGGUAGAUGAUAAGGUCGUCAAGGCUCAGAUUUGGGACACCGCCGGCCAAGAAAGGUAUCGUGCAAUCACAAGUGCGUACUAUCGAGGUGCCGUUGGUGCUUUACUAGUCUAUGAUGUUACUCGUCAUGUCACAUUUGAGAAUGUGGAAAGAUGGCUGAAGGAGCUAAGGGAUCAUACAGAUGCCAACAUUGUGAUCAUGCUAGUCGGAAACAAGGGAGAUCUGCGUCACCUGCGAGCCGUUUCCACCGAGGAUGCUAAGGCUUUUGCUGAACGAGAGAACACAUUUUUCAUGGAAACGUCUGCCCUCGAGUCGAUGAAUGUCGACAAUGCUUUCACAGAAGUGCUGUCCCAGAUCUAUCGUGUUGUGAGCAGGAAGGCCCUUGACAUUGGGGAUGAUCCAGCAGCCUUGCCCAAAGGACAGACGAUAAACGUUGGGGGCAAGGAUGAUGUAUCAGCUGUGAAGAAAGUAGGAUGCUGCUCUGCUUAA